AUCGCCAGCAAUGAAGAAGAUAUCGCUGGGAAUGCUGUGCGAACUACUCCAGCACGCUCUGGAGCGGAUGAUGGACGUCAACGGGGUGGAACCUUUCAUGUCGCCCGUCGACCUCGCAGCUUUCCCCGAUUACGACAAGUACGUGGUGCAUCCCAUGGACCUGUCGCUAAUGAAGGCCAACAUCGCCAAGGGGCUGUACGGCAGCACAGAAGCGUUCAUGACGGACGCGCAGUGGAUACUGCACAAUAGCAUCAUUUUUAAUACAUGUAAAGAUCCCACGGAACAGUCAUGCCAAACCUUAUUUGAAGAUAAUGUUACAAAGCUGAGGAAACAUUCUAAUGUGCAAUCUAAGUUGACGGGAGGUGCGCGCGCGCUGGUGCGGUCGUGCCGCGCGGAGAUGGGCGAGAUCGAGGCGUGUCCCGAGUGCUACGCCGCUGCGCACGCGCGCCGCCCCACGUGGUUCACAGACGUGUGCUCCACGCCACACAUACUGCUGUGGGCCAAGCUCAAAGGAUUCCCGCACUGGCCAGCCAAAGGCAUGUCGGUGAGCGCGGCGGGGCUGGUCGAUGUGAGGUUCUUCGGAGCGCACGACCGCGCCUGGGUGCCCGCUAAAGACUGCUUCCUCUACUCCGAGAAGGACCCCAACAACUUCAGAACUAAACGCCAGGAUAUAUUAGAGAGUAUGCAGGAAGCUGAGCAGCACAUACGGAAUAUAUCAAGGAAAUAUGGGAAGUUCGUAUACCCGCCGUUCAAAACACAGUUUGAGCCGAACAAGUUAAAUGAACAACUCAAAAUGAUGAUUCCCACAUUUGAAGGUGAAGUUCGCGUACCGCAAAAACACGACAAAACAUCAAACGGAUCCCCGGCAAUAGCAAAAAAGAAAAGCAGGUCCAACUCGAAAAGUUCCAAGAGUUCAUGUAAUGAUGGUGAUAUCAGCGAGGUAGAAGAUCCAUUGUCAACAUCCCGGAAAGGCGAUAGCGUUGACGGCAAUGAAGAUGAUUUCUCUACUGAAAAGGCUAAAAUCAUGGAAGUAGAUAUUUCUAAAACCAAAGAUAACAAAGAGACUGAAAGUGAAAAACGACGGCGUUCCCAACUUGAAGAAGCAAUUAUCACUAUAUUAGACAACUACACGUUAGAAAAACGUAAACGAAUGGAUGAUGGUAAGACAGAUAAUACUCUAGAACCAAGUAGUAGUAAAGAACCUAAUCCCAAAGAGAAAAAUGCGGAAAUGGCUAAAGAUAAUCCAGUAGAAAAGAUCGAUUCUACAUCAAAAGAUGAGGAAUCGACUAAAAGUAUAGCCAAAGAAAAAUCAGAAAGCCUCGUAGUCGCUCCCCUCAAAAUAAGCUUCGGAGCAAUUAAAAAUGGUAAACAGACAGUCAAGGUAACAAAUGCAAAGGAAAGUCCGAAAGCUACCACUUCCAAUGAUAAGACGCCCAUUAUUGCACUCAGGACGAGUACUCCAAAAGAAGAAAAAGUAAUAACGGCGCAAAAAAUGAAAACAAAAAUAGAUAAAUUAUUUAUCGAUAAGACGAAAGGUGAAAAGGUGAAAUCAGACAAACCGAGAAAUUCUAAAAGCAAUAAAUCUUUAAUUGGUAAUACUACACCAAAAACGGAAACUUCCUUGUCCGAAAAGAAAAACGAAAAGGUAGACGAACCAUCCACUAGUACUAAGGAAAAACCGAGAGAGUUCGUGACAGCAACAAGGAGUAAAACAACAGACACAGGUAAAACUCCCAACGAUAAAAAUAAUUCAACACCAACGAAUUCAAAGUUAGCCAAGGAACGCUUAAAUUUUGACGACGAUACAACCUUAGCGGUGAUAGCACGAGAGAAUAAUAAAACCAGCGUAAUAACUAGCUCGGGCACCGGCCUCCCAACGAUAAGCAGUGUGCGCAGCUUGUCUACUGUCGCCUCGACUUCAAGCACGCCUACCACGAGCUCAAUAUCAAAAAUGAUAGAGGUGACGAUAGAAGGGAAUCCAAAUGCAAGUAUAUUUACGCCGACAAGCACGGACCCCAUACGAACUAUGAAGGAAGCAACCACAAAGCUGCAAAAGUUAAGAGCAGACACUGAACCGUUAGUAGGGAGGGUGGGGGUGAGGGCUUUUGCGAGGAUGACGUCACCGGACAGAAGCAAGAACAACGACGUACAAGUGGAGAUCAAGGCGGAACCCAUCGAUUUGGACGACGCCGACCGACACAUGGAGAAGAUGGAUCUGAUGAACGCGUUCAAACUGCGCCCCGUUAAUCCGCCGUCGAAUUUACGCGAGGUGCGAAUGAAUGAGGUGGUGAUAACGCCAUUGAACAGGCGAACGGCCACCAAAGUGCCAGAAAUUCGGCCGCGGGCUAAAAAGACGUUCCCACAUCCCAAGAAGCCGGAGGACGGGCAGCUGAACGGCAAGAACUCGAUGGUGUACAUCCCCAUACAGCCGCCCGCCACCCAGCCGCCGCGCAUCACCCGCGCCCUCCCCGCGCCCGCCGCCGCCCCCGCCGCCUCCGCCGCCUCCGCCGCCGCCUCGCACCGCGCCGCCGCGCACGCCACCACCACCGGUCAGUGCGGACUUCCUGCUGUGCUUAUACGCACGACAAACAUAGUGAACACGGUGACAAGCCCCCUAGUGCCGGUGAUAACGUCCAUGCCCCCAGCGGCGACCACCACAUCGCAGGUGGUGCAGACAAUCCCCACCAUCGGACAGGUGCCCACCACCGUGCACACCGUCCCGCUAAUGACUUCAGUCAACGGACAGUGGAUGUUCAGUCUACAGCCUGUUAUGUCGGUUGGUGGUGUUGACACGCAAGCGUCGCCGCCGCUGUUGAACGGCGUGGCGGACCGCAGCCUGGUGCCUCCCGCCACUGCAACCCCUGCGCCCGCGCCCGCGCCCGCCCCCGCGCUCCCUCCCCCUGCGCCUGCGCCGCCCGCUGCCGCCGCCACGCUCGCGACCAUCGCACCCAUCGCACCCGUCACACUAACCAACAGGCCAACCACAGAAACUAGCCCACCUAGAGCCCCGAGAUUACAACAACGACCGCAACUGUUGAACCCGCUGGAUUCGAACACGCCGAUUGGUACCGUGCCGCCGCCCUCCUCGGCUGGACCGCUCACUGCCAAACUCAACCAAAAUGCUGUCAAGUUGACAGAUUUCUUCCGCACUCUGCUAGAGGACUCUCUGGAGAAGCUGGACGAGCCGGCGACGCAGCUCACCACGCUGCGGCUACAGCUCGAACAGGCCAAGUGGAGGCACCAGCAGCAGAUCGACGAGCUCAAGCACAAUCACGAGUUAACAUUGGCGGAGAUUCGUGCGGCGUUUGAGAAAGACAAGAUGCGCGCCGUGAACGAGGCGCGCCGGCUCGCGCACGCCGAGCUCGAGGCCGCCGUCAAACAGACCAAGGCCAAGCAGUGGUGCGCGAACUGCAGUCAGGAGGCGCAGUUCUACUGCUGCUGGAACACGUCGUACUGCGACUACCCGUGCCAGCGCGCGCACUGGUCCACGCACUUCAACGUGUGCACGCAGAAAGCUUCGCAGGUCAGUGGCUCCACCUAACGGCAGUUAUCAAUC